AUCCCAUUGGCUCUUCUUUUUUCUAUGGCCCGCAAUUAUAUAUACAAUAAUCUUGCACAAUCAAGGUCUCUCUGUGUAUAUAUUGCUACUACUGUAUUUUCACAGAGAGAGAGAGAGAGAGGGAGAGAGAGGGGAGAGAGUGUAGCAACAGGUAAAGAUGGAGUUGAAGAAAUGGAAGCUUUUGACUCUUUUGCUACCACUUGUUGCAUAUCUUCUCCUCUUUGCCAUCAAGAACUUCUCCAAGCCCUCUGUGAGAAGUUGCAGCCUCCUUCCUCAUGACCACUACUGGAUAGCUAGCAAGCGUAUUGUAACGCCACAAGGGAUCAUUUCUGGCGCAGUUGAGGUGAAUGGAGGCCUUAUCAAAUCGUUGAUCAAAGAAGGGGAUUGGCAAGGAAGGGUCCAUACUGAGCAAGUCAUUGAUUAUGGGGAGGCUGUUAUAAUGCCUGGUUUGGUUGAUGUACAUGCUCACCUCGAUGAUCCUGGAAGAACAGAGUGGGAAGGGUUUCCUUCAGGGACUAGAGCAGCUGCUGCUGGUGGGAUAACAACAUUAAUAGAUAUGCCUCUCAACAGUUUCCCGUCUACAGUUUCCGAAGAAACUUUAAAGCUUAAGAUUGAGGCUGCAGAGGGAAAUAUCUUUGUAGAUGUUGGUUUCUGGGGCGGUCUAGUUCCUGAAAAUGCUUUCAAUGCAAGUGCUCUUGAGGGUCUCCUGAAUGCUGGUGUUCUUGGAUUGAAGUCUUUCAUGUGUCCUUCAGGAAUCAACGACUUCCCAAUGACCAAUUCCACCCACAUUAAGGAGGGACUAUCAGUACUUGCAAAGUACAGAAGACCUUUACUUGUACAUGCAGAGAUUGAGCAAGAAUCUGAGGAAUUGAAAAAUGAGGUUGAUGAUCCUCGAUCAUAUUCUACAUAUCUUAAGACCAGGCCUGCCUCAUGGGAACAGGCAGCUAUCAGGGAACUCUUGACAGUGACAAAAGAUACGAGGGCUGGUGGCCCUUCAGAAGGAGCUCAUCUUCACAUUGUACAUCUAUCUGAUUCAGGAGAUUCCUUAGAUCUUAUCAAGGAAGCAAAACGUAGUGGUGAUAGUUUAACUGUUGAAACUUGCCCUCAUUACUUGGCAUUUUCAUCCGAAGAGAUUCCUGAUGGGGAUACACGAUUCAAAUGUUCUCCACCUAUUCGCGGUGCAGCAAAUAAAGAAAAACUUUGGGAGGCCUUGAUGGAUGGAUAUAUUGACAUGUUAAGCUCUGAUCAUUCACCUUCUGUACCAGAACUCAAACUCUUUGAUAGAGGGGAUUUUCUAAGAGCUUGGGGUGGCAUAUCAUCUUUGCAGUUUGUUCUUCCAGUAACAUGGUCAAUUGGGCGUAAACAUGGAAUAACUUUGGAACAAAUAGCAUUGUGGUGGAGUGCUAAGCCCUCGAAACUUGCUGGCCAGGAUUUGAAGGGUGCCAUUGCAAUAGGGAACCAUGCAGAUAUUGUUGUGUGGCAGCCGGAAAUGGAAUUUGAACUCAAUGAUGAUCAUCCUAUAUACCUUAAGCAUCCUAGUAUCUCGGCCUACAUGGGAUCUAAACUCUUCGGAAAAGUGUUGGGAACUUUUGUGAGAGGAAACCUUGUCUUUGCAGAGGGAAAGCAUGCUCCUGCUGCCUGUGGUUCUCCAAUCCUAGCCAGAUAACAAGUACGCCAUAUUGCUGGUAAUUUUCUGGAUAUACCCGGUAUGCUUUCUCAGAAUCGGACUUUUAAGUACACAAGGUUUCUAGUAAAGAAUUAUCAGUAUCAUCCUUCAACAUCAGAAGGAAUCUGGGGUAAAUGAAACUGCAGUCUGGUGCAUUACCAAAGUACCAUUAGAAUUAGCUGUAUACUGGAUACCAUAGUUUUAUGAUCGUAAACAGUGACAUCCUUCAACUUGUUUUUAUUGAACAUUUAUGUAAUUCUACUUGAACAUGAAAAUAUUUAAUCAGACAAUUACUCUUCA